AGGAGGUUAUAUUUCUCUAUAUAACAUUCUUGGUCUUAGCAAAUCAAAAUGCCCAUAUCCCCCCCAAUGCUUCGCCGAAGCCUUUCUGCGGACAACAUUCACGAUUCCAGGAUGGUGCCUCCAUCUAGUGUCAGUGAAUCAAAAGGUGAGCUGUGCAUGUGUGCGUCUUCUGUCGUCCACCUCCCCACAAUCGUCGGGUCUCAGAACACUGUCGUUUCUACUGGACAUCAGUCAACAGUCAACAUCAUCACUGACAGAGAUCCAAACGACAGUUCUAAACACGACAACGGGGAAAGCGAGACGACAGUUGGUCCAAAGAUCCUAUUCCUAGUGGCACUACUGGUCCUGAAUGCUGUCUACUGCAAAGACUUAAUUGGAUACGUUAUGGGAGUUUGGAGACAUAAAAACCUCUUCAUGCCCGUAUGUAUCCUACUUCUGAACGUCAAAGUUCUAUCAGGCUGGCGUAUCCUACAAAAGUUAAUUGGUCUGUAAUCUGAAUGUGAUUCCUGGACAGGGUGUAAGGGGCUCUGGAUAGAGGUAUGAACCUUUAGUUACCCGGUAUGCUGCACUUUACCUAGUAGAGUGGUCCGGGCACCACUGGUCCUCAUCCAACCCCUAAACUCUCACGUGCUGGCUCCAAGCGCCACACCCCGGUACACCGCUUCAGCAGGCGGGCUAAACCACGUGAGGGGACCAUACUUAUCUUGUAACAAUGGGCCCCAAAACUUUGAACUUAUUUUGGUUUGUCCAUUGUUUAUUUAUGGUAAUCUAUAGUUGAACAUUCUGUGGAACCAAGUGUUAUCUAUUUAUUUAUACAUAUUGACGACUGCCCAGAGGAGUAAACCUCUGUAUAAAAAAA